GAGACUUUGGGGAGAAUUGUGUCGUUCAGUUUGCAUCCGUAAUGCUCGCUGAUUUCUGCAAACGGCUCUCGGAGAUCCUCUGCUUAGAACUGUGUGCAGUAUUCUAGAUGUGGUGGCACCAGAGAUGUACAUAACAGCAUUUUGAUAAUUAUUUUAUUUUUAAGCCUGUCGUUUUACACUGGUGAUACCAGGGGCUGAACCCAGCGUCUUCAGUAUACAAGGCUCCUGUAGUGCUCAUGCAGCACAUCUGAGAAACCAUGAAAUUCUUGUCCCUCACUGCUGUUGUCUGGUGUGUCCUGGUACCACCAUCUGAGGCCACCAAGAGCUUUGAGGACAUCCGCUGCAAGUGCAUCUGCCCCCCAUACAGGAACAUCAGUGGACAAAUUUAUAAGAAGAAUGUGUCACAGAAAGACUGUAAUUGUCUGCAUGUGGUGGAACCGAUGCCUGUGCCGGGAAAUGAUGUUGAAGCGUACUGCCUGCUGUGUGAGUGCAAGUAUGAAGAACGGAGCACCACCACCAUAAAGAUCAUAAUCAUCAUUUACCUCUCGGUGAUUGGAGCCCUGCUGCUCUACAUGGCCUUCCUGAUGCUGGUUGACCCCUUGAUCCGCAAGCCUGAUGCCUACACCCAACCACUGCACAAUGAGGAAGAGAGCGAGGAUGCCCAUUCCCUGGCAGCCAUGCGCCCUCCUGCCAGCACCAGGGCAAACACGGUGCUGGAGAGGGUGGAAGGAGCUCAGCAGCGGUGGAAGCGGCAGGUGCAAGAGCAGAGGAAGACGGUCUUCGAUCGGCACAAGAUGCUGAGUUAGAGCUCGCAGAGAGUUCCCACUCCUGGAGUGAACGGCAUCUGCGGGUUAGCUGGGCAGAUGAUGACCAUUAGCCAGUCCAAAAAGAAGUCUGUCGCUUGAGUCUGUUGCACUUAGCCUUCCUGAUUUGUUUGUUGUUGUUUUUUUAAAAGAAUAAGUGAGGCUGAAGAAAGAGCCCUGGGCUGCACAUCCCAAAGUUAUUUAUUUAGUACUGGGGCCCUACUGGGGUAGAUUGCUGGAAGACUGUACCUCAUUUCAUUUAAUCCCCC